AUGAAUCUUUGGUUUCUUUCUUUCUUUCUUUCUUUCUUUCUUUCUCAUAAUUCGUUGUUCUUUCUUUCUCAUGAUUCUUGUUCUUUCGUUCUUUUUCGUGUUUCGUUGUUCUUUCUUUCUUUUUUCUUUCUUUCUUUCUUUCUUUCUUUCUUUCUUUCUUUCUUUCUCAUAAUUCGUUGUUCUUUCUUUCCUUCUUUCUUUCUUUUUUCUCAUGAUCCGUUGUUCUUUCUUUCUUCUUUCUUUCUUUCUUUCUUUCUUCUUUCUUUCUUUCUUUCUUUCUUUCUUUCUUUCUUUCUUUCUUUCUUUCUCAUGAUCCUUUUUCUUCAUCUCCCUUUUUUUUCUUUACUGAUUUUUUUUCCUUUUUACGCUUGGCCUUUCUAUUUCGUUUUUCUUACAUUCUCCGCUUCUCUCUUCUUUUUUCUAUCCUUUUUUCCUUAUAUCAUUCUUUCAUCUCUUCUUUUCUUCACCUAUUUCUCUUCUUUCUUUCUUUCUUUCUUAUUUUAUUUCUUUCUUUCUCAUAAUUCGUUGUUUUCUCUUCCUUUCUUUCUUUCACUGGGUUCUUUAGCUAUUCUUUCUGAUAUUUCAUUUUUGCUUCUAUCUUUAAACUUUUUCUUUCUUACGUUUUUCUCUUUUCUUUCUUUCUUUUACCUUGAAUAUUUCAAUCAUUCGUUCAUUCAUUCAUUCUUUCUUUCACUUGAUUCUAUACCCUUUUUCAAACUUCAUUUUUCCUUUUUACAUAUUUCUCUCUCACUCUUUCUUUCUUUCUUUCUUUACCCUUUCUCAAACUUCAUUUUUCCUUUUUACAUAUUUCUCUUUCUUUCUUUCUUUCUUUCUUUCUUUCUUUACCCUUUCUCAAACUUCAUUUUUCCUUUUUACAUAUUUCUCUUUCUUUCUUUCUUUCUUCCUUUCUUUCUUUCUUUACCCUUUCUCAAACUUCAUUUUUCCUUUUUACAUAUUUCUCUCUCUUUCUUUCUUUCUUUCUUUCUUUCUUUCUUUCUUUCUUUCUUUCUUUCCACAAUACCGUAA